AUGGUCAUCUUGACAUCAAUUCGCAAGUCUCCAGCUUAUCUUUACGCCAAAACGUACUGUCUCUGCGCGUUGGUCUCUCUCGUCCAAACAACGCCCAUCUCAUCACGAUUGCGAGCAGCCAAUAAGGCAACACCAACGCGGUUCAAGAAUGGAAAGGCGUUGGCAUCCCAAAGAACACUGGACGCUAUCAAACAGGUCCCUUCCAACGAGUCAAACAAGGCUUCAUUGUCGAAGAAGCCGACACGCAUCGUUGAUCGAUGGUAUGCCAGGGUUACCGAUCUGGCUUCAUUGAAGAACUCACUAAAACGGGAUGAAAUGGAUGCCGCGACGUAUCCUGAGCUACAGUGGGAUGCGAAAGUCCGUCACGGGUCAUCUUUGCACCCUAAAGAACGGGAGUUUAUUAAGUUGCGAAAAUUGAGGAUCUCAUCUCAAGGAAAAAACUCGCUACAUCUCUUUCUCGGUCUUCCACCGGACGAAAAAGUCGACCCAAGAGAUGUUCCGCUGGUCUCAUUAGGUGGCUCUGGUGGCGGCUACAGAGUCAUGUACGGCUUCGCAGGCUUCAUAGCCGCUGCCAAAAAGUCAGGCUUAUGGGAUUGCAUCACCUGGACUGCUGGUGUAAGUGGCAGCUGUUGGACAAUAGCAGCCUACUACACCAUUGCUCGUCGCGAUAUUUCCAAGCUGGUGGAUCAUUACAUGACUGUAGCAAAUGAACUCGCGCAUCCGAUGAGCAUAUACGCCCUUGACAAGGUUGCACGAAGUAAGAGAGGCACAUACUUUCUCAUCGGCCCUCUUGUGAGCAAAGCCCAGAAGAGCAUCAUUGGACUGAGUGUUAUGGAUCUUUAUUCUACUCUCACAGCAACAUAUCAGCUUUUAUCGCGGGAACCGAAAGGGAGAUUGAGUAGAGCCACAUUCCAAUGGUCUAAGAUUUGGCUACGGUCGGGAAUCAACGAGGCGGUUGAGCCAAUGCCUAUACUCGCGGCUGUCAGACGUGUCCCAAAAUACUCAUACGAAGUGAAGCCCGUUUCUGCCGAAUCCACGACUGUCCAGAACGAUACCACGGCAAGGGAUUCGAAUCUGAUACAUAGUCGUUUCGAGGCUAAGCCCAAGUCAAACUCCAGGAAGUUUUUCCAGUACUUUGAGAUUUCACCAUUGGAAAUAGGCAGCCCAGAUCUGAACCGAUACGUGCCCACUUGGUCAUGGGGACGUACCUUCGUUUCCGGUCAUUCAGUUGACCGUCGCCCAGAGCAAUUCUUCUCACUCUUACUGGGGCAAUGUACCAGCGCACCAGCGGGGCCGUUGACCGAGUGUAUAAAGGCUCUGCUCGUAUCAAUCCCAAAAGACACGAUAAUGGCACGAUUGGUAGCGCUGCUCAACAGAUUGUUACAGUCAAAGCGGUUGGAGGGUCUCUGGGGAAAUCCUAUUCGAGCAGGACACGAUCCGAACCCUUUCUAUGGACUUGAGAAACCUGUCAUGGCAAGAGAACAUACUUCCGAGCAUCCCUCGUACAGAUCACGAGUGACUGAUCCUGAAGUUACGGACAGAAGAAGUAAUAUGACGACGACUGACAGUUCCGCCGUACAUCUUCCACCAUGGGAAGCACAAGGGCGUACAAGGCUGAUGGACUGUGGAAUGGCCAAUAAUCUUCCCAACCAUGUCCUCGCUAGAUCUGAAAGAGAGGUUGAUAUUUUUAUCUCUUUUGACUCGUCAUCUGACGUGCAGACUGGAGCAGCUGUGCAGCGACUGCAUCACUUUGCUGCAGACUUUGACUUUGAACUACAAGAAGAAACUCAAGUCUUCCACAGUCCGAGAAAGAACAUUGACUUAGUUCCAGAUAAUGGUACAGAAGUCGAGUCACGAUAUCUCGAUCAAUAUGCUAGAGUAUUCCGGGGUACAAGGGAGAGUGGACAAACCGUUUACAUCGUUUACUGUCCACUUCUGCCGAAUGGCGUUAACCCAAGCUUCAACCCCUCGGUAAGCCUUGUGUUUUGUAUCUAUGAUCUGUCCUGA